AGUAUGUUGUACAGCUGGCUUCCCAUUUCAUAUAUAUUAUUCUUAUUGUUUGUAACCUGCCCCUGUGAUUAUGGCAAGCCAUUUGGGUUUUUACCUAUUUAAUUCAUCUCUAUUAAAAUACAGAUAUCUCUAUUUUGAGUACAGAUAUCUCUAAUUUAAUCACAGAUAUCUCUAUUUUGUCAAUAAAUAGAGAUAUCUCUAAUUCAAAUAAAGAUAUCUGAAUUAAAUAGGUAAAAACCAAAACGGUUUGCCAUAUUUACAUCAUGGCAAAAUUUACAUCCAAACCUUAUAAGUUUAAUCCUAGUUCUGUGAAUAAAUGGGGAAAAUAAAUUAAUGUUUUUGGGGAGGAAUCCCGAUUCCUAGAUAUAAACACCAAUAGUUGAUAAUAACACAAUACAGUACAUCUAUCACUAACUUACUUUUGACUGAUUGGUUCUGUAUUAUUGUAGAUAAGAUCAAACUAGAAGAUGUGAAAGAAAAAUUAAGAAAGCUGAGAGAAAAAAGACUUGCGCCAGCUGAAAGACAUGGGGCUCCUAGUUCAAAGAAGCCAGCAAAGGAUUACCAGGAGCCUGGUCCUUCUCAUUCCAAGCCUACAUAUAUCCUUGUUUGUGGGAUAAAAACAUUUAGAAGUGGAGAAUGGGUCCAGAUAAAGGGCAAAUCGAGCCCUUAUAACCAUUCUGCGAUCAAGAAAAUGUUCCCUAAAGCUGCAAAUUACUACGAAGUUUUAGAAAUUCUGAAAACAGAGUUUGGUUGUGAUGAUGAUGCAUGCGAGAAUGUUCUUUUAGAUAUGAACAACAGAGAGAUUGAGAGCCCUGACGACUUUACAAUUUUGGAAUACAUCAAAAGUCAUAAGAAGUAUGCAGGGACUACGAGAAUAUAUCUAGGAGUGCGAGAAAGUGUUGCAAACGAUGAAAUAAAGGAUGCUGAAACACCAAGUUCAGAAACUGAUCCAUCAACAGAGAGGGAUGAUCAUACAUCAGAAUCCACAGAAUCAAAAUCAGAGAGGGAUGAUCAGACAUCAAAAUCCACAGACCCAAAAUCAGAGAGGGAUGAUCAGACAUCAGAAUCCACAGAAGACGGUCAUCUUUUGGCAAGUUCAUCAGAGGAAACAAGGGAUGACUAUUUCAAAGAUGUUUUAGACUUCGUUAGAGAGGAGCAACAAGAGGAACGAAAGAGAGGAAUCAUGGAUUUGGACGGAGGGGAACGUUUUGAUAUUGAUACCAGGAUUUUUUGUCCUGUGCAUGCAGUAAACCCAAAAGUAAUCCUAUUCCAAGAAAAGAAUGGUAACAAGUACAAAAAAAUCACAAAUGCCUAUGGAGAUUUCUUUUGCAUCCCUCAGGAUGACAUGGAAGAAUUUGACAGAUUUUGCAAAACUUUGAAUGUAAAUCAACUCUUCAUUGUGAACCCUCCCCUUCUUUAUUAUCUUCAUUAUGUCCAUAAAUCAGAGAAUCCAAAUGUACAGGUGGCUGAGACUGCAUCUAAGGAAGUCUGGAAAAUUUCAGAAGAUAUCGCACAAAGCUUCAUUGAAUGGAAAGCCUCAAUAGCCUCUAUUUGCUGAAACCUUCAAACUUUUGUUUAUAUGUAUUAUUUAUGAGUCAUUACCAGAAAUUUUCCUACUCCACAUUCCAAUUUUGAAAAUAAAUUCCAGAACAGCAAUUGCCUUUCUGAUGAUUGACAGUUUUAGUGGUUUAAGUUGAAGUAAGUUAUGGAAAUUGAAUAUUUUCACUUAUUGACCAAUGUUACUAAUGUAGUAAUGAAUGUAAAAGCUUUUGAUGAAGGGUAUAAGGAUUGAUUCUUGAAAAUUACCAUUAUUAUGUAAAUAGGCCAUACUAUAGUUAAUUUUUGCAUGAUAAAGUACAUUUUACCUAUCACAGUGAUCAGGGUGAUUGUUCGCAUGUUCGUUAGUACUUUUGUUUCCGGAUAUUAUCUCAAUCAGAAUAGUUUCACAAUAUACAAAAUUAAUAUAUUGUAAUUUUAUAUUUGCAGCAUAUACACUCAGGUUAAUACCUUAUGUUCAGGUUUAGAGACAAACGCAUUCUGUGUUGCCAAUUCCAAUGUGUUUACAACUAAAUGAUAUUUUAAUAUCAAAAAAAUAACAUCAUUACAUGACACAUCUAGAAUGUUAGGAAAGUAACAUAAUAUGCCAUAUGCAAGACAGUGAUUUAGAACUUUUCUGAUAUGACUCGUAUGUUUUAUUAGCUCACCGCUUAUGCCAUGGCACAGCGUCCGUCCGUCAACUUUUCCUUUAAAACGCUACUUGUCCUG